AUGGUUAAGAUAGGAAAAAAAUUAAAAGGCUUUAAUGACGGUAUAGCUAAAUUAAAAACAAACAUAAAUGAUAAGAUAAUAACAGAGAAAGAAGAAAAUCAUGAGGAAGAAAAAGAAAGACAACGUGAAAAUUUAAAAAAUGAAAAAGAAAAUGAACUAAGCGAAAUGAUAUUCGAACAUGACGAUCAACAAAAUAUACAUGAACAAAACCGAAAAUUAUAUUUAGAAAAUAUAAAAGAUUCAAAAAUAUAUAUACAUGAUGAUUUACAAUAUUAUUUAGAAAAAAAUAAUAUUCCAACAUUGUUAGUAUUACUUCUAUAUAGAAUAUUAAUAGAGAAACCUCAGAAUGUCAUUAAAUUUAUAAUUGAUCAAAUAUAUAUUUUUCUCAUUACAAAAACUGAAACAAACAAAAAACUUACUUUAUUAAAACCUUUGGAAUGUGAAUUUCUACAAUCAUGUGAAGAAAAUAAAAAAAAUAAAAUAAAAAAACAAGAUGAAAAUAAUAUGAUAAACUUAUUAAAUGAAGAUAUAGAUCCUUUAUUUCAUAAAACAAUUAAUAAUACACUUGAAAAAAAUAACGAUUUAAUAGAACCCAUAAAUUAUGAAUCCUUCAUAAAACAACAAUUUUUUAGUCUCGAUAAUAUAUUAGAGGUUGUCGAUUUUCUUAAAAUAGAAAAUACAGAAGAAAUUUAUUAUAAUAAUCUUAUACAUAUUAUUAAAAAUUUUCAAAAUCCUAUAAACGAUCAAAUAUUACAAACAGAUAAUAUGUCAUAUGGACAAACUAUAUCUUUAAAUAAGGCAUUAUAUUUAUCAGAAACAUUUUACAACAAUUAUUUUUAUAAUUAA